CCCCGCCCUGCGCGGCGGCCCCGGCGCUGCCGCCGCCGCCGGCGGGGGUACUAUGCUCACGCGGGUGAAGUCCGCCGUGGCCAAUUUCAUGGGCGGCAUCAUGGCUGGCAGCGCGGGCGCCGACCACGGCAGCGGCGCGGACUUGCCCCUCCGCUUCCCCUACGGGAGACCCGAGUUCCUGGGACUGUCCCCGGACGAGGUGGAGUGCUCCGCCGACCACAUCGCCCGCCCCAUCCUCAUCCUCAGCAAGGACACCCGGCGCUUGCCCUGGACCACGGGCUACGCGGAGGUAAUAAAUGCAGGGAAGAGCACGCACAAUGAAGAUCAAGCCAGCUGUGAGGUCCUCUUUGUCAAGAAAAAAGCUGGAGGCAGUAAUUCUACACCAAACAAGAACUCUUCAACAAAACGGAGGUCAUCGCUGCCCAAUGGAGAAGGUCUCCAGCUGAAAGACAAUUCAGACACAGAUGGGAUCAACCUGUACUACUGGUCCCUGUUUGAUGGACACGCUGGGUCAGGGGCAGCUGUGGUUGCUUCCAAGCUGCUGCAGCACCACAUCCUGGAACAGCUACAGGAGAUUGUGGACAUCCUGAGGAACACAGCCGUCCUCCCACCCACCUGCCUGGGAGAGGAACCGGACAACCCAUCCACCAACAGCAGGACACUGACACGAGCAGCCUCCCUCCGUGGUGGUGUGGGAGCCCCGGGCUCACCCAGCACACCUCCAACACGCUUCUUCACGGAGAAGAAGAUCCCACAUGAGUGCCUGGUUAUUGGGGCCAUAGAAAGUGCAUUCAAGGAAAUGGAUUUGCAAAUAGAGCGAGAGAGGACUGUGUAUAACAUUUCUGGCGGCUGCACAGCCCUGGUGGUGGUGUAUUUAUUGGGGAAGCUUUAUGUGGCAAACGCUGGUGAUAGCAGAGCUAUAAUAAUCCGAAAUGGCGAAGUCAUUCCAAUGUCUUCAGAAUUCACUCCAGAGACUGAACGCCAGCGACUUCAGUAUCUGGCUUAUAUGCAGCCUCACCUGCUGGGAAAUGAAUUCACACAUCUAGAGUUUCCACGGAGGGUGCAGCGCAAGGAAGUUGGAAAGAGGAUGCUGUACCGUGACUUCAACAUGACUGGCUGGGCAUACAAAACCAUUGAGGAAGAUGACUUGAAGUUUCCCCUUAUAUAUGGAGAAGGCAAGAAGGCUCGGGUUAUGGCAACAAUUGGAGUGACUCGAGGACUGGGAGACCAUGACCUGAAAGUGCAUGACUCCAAUAUAUACAUCAAACCUUUCCUGUCCUCAUCUCCUGAGGUACACACUGGCGGCGCAGGACCUGGUGAUGCGAGCCAGGGGAGUGCUGAAGGACCGGGGCUGGCGGAUAUCCAACGACAGGCUGGGCUCUGGAGACGACAUCUCUGUCUACGUCAUCCCUUUGAUCCAUGGGAACAAACAGUCAUGAGAGGAGCACCAAGAGUUGUUAUAGGAUGGGGAUCUUUUUGGGAAGGGCCUGUAAGAGACAAUAGGUUUUUGGUGGUCUGACCAGGACACUUCCAAUUGAUAUAAUCUAGUCAAAACUAAUGCUGGAGGAGUAUUUUUCUGCCCAAAAGGUAGGGUUCUGCACAUAUACUGUAUAUGAUUAAAGAUAACCCUUAAGAUUCCAGUUUCCCUACAGAAAUGGUUUUGGUGCUUAACAGGAAUGGGAUUUAAAUGCUGCUAGCAUAUUAUGAAUUCUGUCAUCCCUCUAGAUGGGGUGGGGAAUUAAUUUUUUUUCUCAGUUUACCAUGUAGCUUAGAAGAGCCAUUUCAGUUGUGAAAGUAGAAGUGGAUAUCAGACGCCAAGGAGGCUCCUGAAAUCUACCCCCAAAUAUUCAGAAGGGGACUUGGGUCACAUCUCAUUUAAGCAUAUAGAUAUACAUAUAUGAGACUCAAGAGUUUUCUUUCAGAAAGUUGUAUUCAUUACUUAUCUAUGGACAACUUCAAAUUUGUGUAAUCCUUUGAGCCCCAUUUUCCUCUCCUGUCUCUUCUUCAGUAGACUAUACCUCCUGUGUUUUAGUAGGAAAACUGAAAUUGGUUUCAGCGUAACUAUGCCUGUUUACUGCAGCUAAAAACAGUCACCUGCAAAGUUUACCAAGAGAAAUAGGUCACAGUCCUGUAUGGCAGAAUUUAUUCUGGGAUAAGGAGUUACUUGUCAAGAUUUCUUGUUGUGUGUAUACCAUGAUUAUACAGAGCAUGCAAACUCAGCUUUAUGUGAUGUUUACCUGGAGGCCAUGGUUUCUUUGGGAUCAGAUAUUUACAUUAAUUGGAUGGUUCUGCCUGCUUUAUCCUGUUGAAAGGAUCCCUGACCAUGAAAUUUUUCCAUCAGUUGAGAUUUAGUAAAUUUGUUUGGGCUCCUGAGUGUGUUUUCAGUUGAACUUCUACUUGAAGUAGUGGUAUUGUUCUCAUUAGCAAUUUGGAUACACAGAUAGUGAUCUAUUUCAAAGGUGUUUCAGUUCUUCCUGCCUCAUUUAUUAUUCAGUAUACCUUCGCCUGCUUGACUGCGGUGAUCAGAAGGGGACAGCUUAAAACUUUCUGUCCUCUUGGCACUGAGAAUUGUACACAAGGAUCACAAGAUGACUGUGAUAGAUACAAGCCCUUGGCUUGCUUCGGCUCUUUUCUUAGCAGUGAUAAUUUAAAUCAAGAAAAUUUGUGUAAAACAUUUUUGAUAUGAAAACCAGGAGAGAAACAAGUGAGCAAGUCUGCAGUGUAACCUGGCUGCCUAGUCCACACAGGCAGCUCUCUUACUUCAUUGGCAGGAAUUGAAGAGAAAACAAAAUCAGAAAGUUCUAGCAUGCAGGCAGGUAUAUUGGCUGGGGAGCCAACUUCCACCUGAUUUGUGCCCAGACCACAUUGGUGUGGAGCUGUUCAUCUGGUUUGUACUUCUUAGAUAAGAAAAAAGACAGGGAGCUGACAUCACUGUAGGGCACUGACUAGGGAGCUCACAAAUGUUGUGUCCUUUCCAAAAGAGAAAGAGAUGCUGUCCCCUUUGCAGGCUUUCUCCUGAACAGGUGUGGCCCAGAGCUUGCCAGUUCUGUAAUUUAUGAUGUGCUUUGUCAACACAGCGCAGCCUGAGUGCAGUGCAGCUGCCCAAAUGCUGUAUUUGACUGCAUCUGGAAGUACAAUUUGGUGGAUUUAAACUACUCUUGCUCCAAAUCUCUAGACCCAGAAGAGUUUCAGGAUGAAAGCAGGAAAUGUAGAGAGUGGAACAGCUCAAGCAUUGCAGCAAACUGCAUGAUUCUGGCCUGAAAACUGUUCCACAAGUUCCCCAGUGCCUCAUGUGAUAAAGCUGUACAGAACGUGGAUGUUUUAUAGUCUAGAGCUUCAGUAUAAAUCAAUGGCAUAUCUGAUUAUGUGUUUUCAUUAUUUCUUUCCUGAUUUUUUUUUCUCUUUACCUCUUUUUCUGUGUGCAUUUGGGUGAAAAGAGAGGCUUGGAGUCUAGAAUAUUUUUCACAUGGCCCCUCAUAUGUUUUAAAGUUUAAGCAAGAGAUCUUCUCUUGCACUUUUUUCUGGCCUAAUAAACUUGUAAACAUGCUUUUCAUGCUCUGUGUAACUCCUGCUGUCUCUUCACAAAUGCAGUUGUGUAGUCCUCUAGCAAUUCAGAUCCUCUUUAACGAAGAAAUUAGUGCUGGUGAAAUCAUCUGAACAGCAAAGACACUGGUGCUUGCUGGUACCAGCUACAAGCCCAGGUCAGGUAUUUCAGUGCUCAUGCACUGUUGGUCUUCAUUUGGUAACACGGUGUCAACGCACAUACCGGUUGCUAUAAAACCACUGAGUGCAAUGUGGUGGAAAUAGAUUUCCAGUGUAGCAUUUGCCAAAACUUGAAAGUGAAAUUUCAAUGGCAAUGGAAAAGGCACCUUCUCAUUCAGGGGUUCGUUUAAAUGUACCCCUGAAGAGAUGGGUUAGCAGACUGCAUGACUUGGUGGGAGCAAACUGGCAGGUGACUUCUCAGAGCAUGAUCUGGUGGGCUGGUGAAUCAGCCUGCACAGUGUUUGUUGUUCAUCUGAGGCAUUGCCAUCAGUCAGGAGCUUCUCUGCAGCAACUGGGCCCAGGCUGAGUUACAUUCAUUGUCAGCCCCUCUCCCAGAAAGGGCAGAAAUACGGUAUCAACAAUUAGUAUCAAUUAAUGAAUUCUGAGAACUUUAGUAAAAGGUUUUAUACUCAGAUGUAUGUGACUGAAAUUAUGCUGUGAUGCUUUUUGUUUUGCUUUUUUGCAAAGUAUCUGUUACAUAUUUAGGUGCUUGCCUCCCUGGAGUGUCUGGCACAUCUCUGAUCCAUGCAUUGUACUUGGGCUUUCACUUUUACCUGCUUUCAGUAGAAGGUUCUUGCAUACCUGAGCUGGGGUCAUGCUCUGCUUCAAGGCAUAGUAUUAAUACAUAUAUACACCUAAGGCUCACAGAAACAGCAGGCAAGAGUCAUUUAUUGGGGAAGUAUGUGAGAAGCAAGAAUAAUUAAAAGCACUUUCAAUUCCCUUCAAAGGCUGAAUUACUUUGCAUUGCACAGCAUUAGAAAACACUGAUGGCAGAGAGGAUACCUGGUGCGCAAUGCCAUUUUUCAGAUGCAGAAUGGGUACUGCCAUGUUCAGACUUGCAGCUGCUCUAGUGCUCAGUGAAGCUCCUAAGUUAGGAGCAGACAGCUUGUGUCCUCAAACUGGAGCAAGUUAGGCACCAAGUCCAAAUUUUAGAUCCCUGGUAUGUCAUCUUAGUUACUGCCUGAGGCCAGCGGUGCUCUGGCUUUUUGCCAGUCAAGUUCCAUUGGUAUCCAAAACUGCUACUGCACACAUGCUCUGCCUGGCCUGUGCAUAGGCACUGCUUAGAAAGUUGGGCAAAUUCUUGUCCUUCCUUGGAUAAUGGCAGAGAAAGGUGCCAGUAAAGGAGUUCCAGUUAGCUGCAGUGUAGCACUAUCUUCUGCUGCCUAGUCCAGUCCCAUUUCUAGAAAACAAUAAAUUUUUACCAUUCUCCCAAAAAUACUGUUGCAGAAAGUAGAACAGCCAUUUCAGAUAUUUUUCUCUUGCACUACAGCCUAAAGUUUUCUUUCUCUAAUUUUAUGAAGAAGGUGGUUAGAAAUUUAAUUUAUACCAGAUUAUGUAUCACACAACCAUCUUUUGGUGCAUUAAGACAAUACUGCUUCCUUCAUGAACACAAAAGUGUAUUGUCUGAGAGGGCUGCUGUUCAGUGGCCUCACACUGGAGAAUUUUAAAUAAAUUCUAAGAAACAACAGGGCUAACAGACUAAAUGAGAAGUGGUCAUAAUCUGCUGUUAAUAGUGGAUUUCUAUUUGCAGUUACUUCUAUGUUUAAAUAUGACAAGAGGUUUUGUGAGGUACUGUCAACUCUGUCCCUCCAGGAUGUUUCUGAAAAACUGCUCUUGAUGUUUGGGCAGAUUUUGGCUCUGAACUUCUGCUAGGUUUUUAAAGAACACUACAUGCUUCGAGCAAAUUUGCUGUGUUUCUUCCAGCCUUGGUGUUUUCCUUUUAUUUUACAUUUUAUGUACUAAUACUUUUAGCAUUUUUCUAUCAAACAUGAAUGGCAAACUGUGUGAAACUAUUGUUCCUCCCAGACAUUUUAGGUAUGUAAGUAGUUUUCCUCCAUGUGUCCUAGAUGAAGACUCGGUGAUGUGGCUUUCAUAGAGAGAGUGACUAAAUGAUGCUGUAACUGUGCUGCUGUAUUUCUACCUGUGAUGUACUUGAAGGAGGAUGCCCUUCUCCACCUCCAUGCUCAUUCUGUUUUCUUUUUUUUUAAUCCCUUGCUGUUGGUGUUCUUUCAUAGGUGUCUAACUUUGAUUUUUUUUAAUACCUGCCACAUUUAUCUUUCCUUCAAUGGGCAGUUCAUCUUAAUAUCUUGAGAUCUGUACAACUGUCUAGGGUUUACAUGUCCCGAAGAAAGGAGGACCUGCUGGAGGAAGAUGUCUUGGACCAAUGUACUUCUGCUUUGUGACUGUGAAAUGUUAAUCUUUUUGUAACCUAAGAACAAAAAAUGUUUAGUAAAGGGAUAUAUUUUGUGUUUUUGAAACUUUUCAGUGCAAUGAACAAAAGAGGAGGAUACUGAAGAAGUGUAUGUGCAAAGUUUUAAAAUAAAAUUUUAAAUUAUAUAUUAUAUAAUCCA